CACCAACGAAAGGUAUCGAUAUCCAUACUCUUAAAAUUCGUCUAAGCUAAUAGAUAGCGGCAACUAGUUUCAAGCCACGACUCAAUCUGAAGUCGACACUACUCGGGUUACCUGAUAUGGAAAUAGCGAGAUGAUCCUCAAUUAAGAACGAAGACGACUAGGGUUAUGAUUAUGUACACGUAAAAGAGAGGCCAUUCCAAAUUCAAGAGGUCUUAGUAGCACUGUCCAAUAUGGACAGUUCUAAAUCAUUCGUCGAGUCACUUACACGCAUAGGCGUAGUGUUCAUCGUCACUGGGAUAUUUAUUUAUAGUGCUUUUAGAACCCUGUAUCGAAGGUUUCCAUAUCCACUUCCACCGUCUCCUCCAGCGGAGCCCAUCCUCGGGCAUUUCAGGAGGCUACCAACAGAAAAUGCCCACUUUAAGCAUAUGGAAUAUGCUAAGCAGUAUGACUCCGAUAUCAUCUAUUUCAAUGUGUUGGGUAACCAUAUGGUCGUCCUUAACACCCAGAAGGCUGCGAAUGAGCUUUUGGAUAAGCGCGGGGCCAAUUAUCUAGACAGACCUAGAUUUGUCCUGUUUGAUGUUAUGGGAUGGGGUUUGACCUUAACUUUUCUUCCAUACGGACCGAGAUUUCGUUUGCAUCGUUCAGUCUUACAAACGGGAUUCACCAAGACGGCGAUCACAAAUUACAGACCAAUUCAGGAAGAUGAAGCGAGGCAAGCAGUUUCAAGAAUUCUUAAACACCCGGAGGCUUGGGACUUUUCACUUCGGCGCUUUGCUUCUGCGAUAGUUCUUCGUAUUGGAUUUGGUGUUACUGUUAGAUCAGAUGACGACCCUUAUAUCAAAAUCGCGAUAGAUGCUAAUAUGGCUACCGGAGGAGGAGGAAACCCGGGAACUGCCUUAGUUGACUAUCUACCAUCAUUUCGACACAUCCCACAAUUUCUUAACUUUUCAAGAAGCCUACAGCACGCGCGAAAAUGGGGAUGGGCUAUUCAAAAUUUACACAAUAUUCCGUUUUCAGCCAUCAAAAAAGAGUUUGAUGAGGGGACGGCCAACCCAUCAUUCGCAUAUUCACUCCUCACUAAGCACAAAGAAAAUGAGGAGAAAGGUAUUGCUAAUGAGCUUACACUUCGAGACAUCCAGGGUGCAUCUGGCGCCGUUUUUAUCGCGGGUUCUAAUACGACCUUCGCUACGACGACUAUUGCCAUCCUGAAUAUGAUGCUGAAUCCUGAAGUUUUUCAAAAAGCGAGAGCCGAGAUUGAUAGGGUAGUUGGAACAGAAAGACUCCCUACGUUCCAAGACAGGCCAAAUUUACGUUACAUUGACUAUUUAGUCGAGGAGGUCUCAAGAUGGAGACCCCUAUCACCCAUUGGAAUACCUCAUAGGUCCCUAGAAGAUGAUAUUUACAAUGGAAUGUUUAUCCCCAAAGGGACUGUGGUUUAUUACAAUACAUUCGCUAUGUCUAGAGACUCCAGCGUGUAUAAGGACCCCGAGAAGUUCAACCCGGAUAGAUAUAUCCCAAAGGAAGAAGGCGGGGAUGGCGAGCCUCUACUGGUUGGCCCGUUUGGCUUCGGUCGCAGAGUAUGCGUUGGGCGUCAUUUAGCACAAGCAUCGGUGUGGAUAAUUAUGGCAACUCUCAUCGCCACAACUGACAUAUCGAAACCUGUUGGGCCAGAUGGAGAGGCUAUUGAACAAACUAUCCAAUUCAGCACUGGAUUAUCGAGCCAUCCUGGCAAGCUCGAUGUAGUUUUUAGACCCAGAUCUGAGAAGGCCCAAAGACUUCUUGCUGAGACAGUUAAGGAUGCUCAGUAACUUAAGGACUUGAUGGAUAACUUUUACAGCUCAUUCUAUGAUAUUGAAUCAUUUUGGUAUGAUCGUACGGGGUUUCUGCCUGGAUUGCCGCGGAUAACCACAGUUUAUUGCUCGUCAUUUCUGACUUUAUCCCUUCAGCUCAAUAAGCUCGCUGAGCCUUUUAGCUAUACUCUCUGACCAACCUGGGUCGUUGAUAUCAGUAUCAAGCUCAUUGACCGAUAUCCCACUCCCUUCAAGCCUAUUCUUGAUAGCCGUAAAUAACGCCUCGUCAGAUGUCUUGUCGUAAAAGGCCUGUCCUUGUACAUCAAGAGCGCUGACACCCCUCAAAGGGAGCCAUACUUCUGUAAAUUCAGACCCAAUGCAGUUUUCCCUAAGCCUCUGCGCUACUCUCUUUCCCAAUUCUUCACACUCUUUCUCUGUUGUUCGCACCAAGGUUGACCAAGGAGUGUGCUCGAUGAGAUUUCUCUCCCGAAAUUCUUUUGGCACAGUGUCACUCGGUCCGAAGUCUACCAUAUCCAGAGCACCGACGCUGACUAUUUGAGGCAAGCCUGCCUUGGCAGCAGUCAUCAAUCUGCUAUUGCCGGCGCUAAAUACGCCACCAGCCAAUUCAUCAGCCAGCUCGGU